AUGCCCCCGCCGAGCUCUCCGAGCCUGGUAAGAGUCAUCGCCCUCGCCUUAGAAACCCUAGAAUUCGACGAGGAAGAGUACCGACGAGAGCAGGAGCGACUGGCCGCAUUGCCUCGUGAUAAAUUGACCAUAUAUCCGUAUGAAGUGCUGAAGGGAUCCACGCUGCCGAGGGAUGUGGAUCGCGAACGAAAGCAGUACCACCUCUCGGAUGAGGAGUUCGAGAAAUUGUUCGGCAUGUCGAAGGAUGAGUUCAGUCACUUGAAAAUAGGAAAGCAGAACUGGGAACGAAAGAAACGUCAGCUCUUCUAA